AAAGGCGGGUCGGGGGCGUUGAGGCGCCAUCCGGUCUUGUACGUGCAGGGGAGUGUAACGGUGUUGGUGCCAGUCGGUGAUUAAGCGCAGGAAAAUGGCUGAUCAACUGACAGAAGAGCAGAUUGCUGAAUUCAAAGAGGCUUUUUCACUAUUUGACAAGGAUGGUGAUGGCACAAUCACCACAAAAGAGCUGGGCACAGUCAUGAGAUCCCUGGGUCAGAACCCCACAGAAGCUGAGCUGCAGGACAUGAUCAAUGAGGUUGAUGCCGAUGGAAACGGCACAAUAGAUUUCCCUGAGUUCUUGACAAUGAUGGCAAGAAAAAUGAAAGAUACAGAUAGUGAGGAAGAGAUCAGAGAAGCAUUCCGUGUCUUUGACAAGGAUGGAAAUGGCUACAUCAGUGCUGCUGAGCUGCGUCAUGUGAUGACAAACUUGGGGGAGAAGCUGACUGAUGAAGAGGUUGAUGAAAUGAUCAGGGAAGCAGACAUUGAUGGAGAUGGUCAGGUCAACUAUGAAGAGUUUGUACAAAUGAUGACAGCGAAGUGAUGGCCUUGUACAGAUUUUUCCCUCCCCCUUGUAUAAAAUUUGCCUUUAAUUUAUCUGUAAAAUGUUUUUCUCUGCCCCCCCCUCUCCUGCUGUCCAAAGGAACUGCAUGUAUACUAUUUAGGAUUCAAUUCCUCAUUUCCCUUUAUUUUGCUAUCAUCUUGAGUGAAGAAAUGAACAUGUGGAUGUUGAAUGAGGCCUGGCAGGCAGGGCACUUGAUCUGCUCUGCUGUCAGCUGCCCACCAUGAAGUGACAGCAGGGCUGCUUGACAGUUGGAAAUAACUUGGCAACAAUGUUGGCAUGUAAACAUUUUUGAUGUGCAGGAGUUUCUCUGCAUGGACUAUGGACAAAGUAUACGGAAAAAUCUCAGCAUUGCACUAUUGCAAAAAACGGGUGUUUUCCGCUAGGUACUCGUACACCAACUCUUUUUGUAUCUGCUGUUCUAUACCAGAGAACUUUGAUUCUUACUAUGCUUUUUAAUGUUUUAGUCACUUUCUUUUCCUUUUUUUAACUGCUUAUGGCAUAGCCAUGCCUCAAAGAAUCCAUUCCAAGUUGUAUAUUUUGGUUUUCCAAUAAAAUUUACAAUUUACCCAAAAAAAA